CUUUGUGAAACUGUCAAUGUUUUUCAGCUGUACAUUUCCUUACUGUUUCUUCAGUUUACUUGUAGUUAUACACAUUAGUUGUUGCACCUGGUGUACAUGUGUUUAUCCUAACUUCUGUGCUGGUGAAGGUGGCAGGUGCAGGAGAAGUGUAUUCACCUGCUGCAGGUGCAGGAGAACUGUAGCCACCUGUUUGCACAGUAUCACCUGUACUGAACACUGUGUUCUGGUUUGGUCCUUCCUCACAGAUGACUUCAAUGUGGAAGAGUUAGACCCAUUUCGAGCAGCCAAAUAUGCCAGGAUAUGUUUCUCCGGAUCAGAUGAGUACUCCUCAUCAGGUGAUGAAGUGAUCGACCACGUCAGCAGGAGGAAGUACUCCACCAAGGACAGGUGGGGAGGGGGGGACCCGGGGCAGGGGAGGGACAACUCAGCUGAGCUGGGCAGUAAUGAGGAGGAGGAGGAUGAUGAUCUGGACCUGGAUGAUGAAGGAGAUGGAGAUUACGACACAGAUGUAGAAGUUCCCCUCCCAUUAGACAAUGAAGAAGAUCUAGAGGAGGCUCCUGUCCUGAGACAGAGGAAGCCUGUCACAAGCCUUCCUGAGACAGUCACAACACUAGACACAGAAGACGGGGGGAAGGUCUAUGUUAUAGGAACUGCACACUUCAGCGAGGAAAGCCAACAAGAUGUCAUUAAGACCAUUGAGACCGUGCAACCAGAUGUGGUACUGGUGGAGCUGUGUAAGAGCAGGGUCAACAUCCUCCAGCUGGAUGAGAAAACCCUGCUAGAGGAGGCUAAAAAUAUCAACAUGGGCAAAGUGAAGGCAGCCAUAAAACAGAGUGGUUUAGUGACUGGUUUGAUGCAGAUCCUGCUGCUCCACAUGUCAGCACACAUUACUGAACAGCUGGGCAUGGCACCUGGAGGGGAGUUCAGGACAGCCUUCAGACAGGCCCAACAGGUGCCCAGCUGUAAGGUGCACCUGGGAGAUCGCCCCAUCCAGAUCACCCUCCAGCGUGCCAUAGCAGCCCUGUCUGUGUGGCAGAAGAUACGGCUGGCCUGGUACAUGAUCAUGAGCAAAGAACCCAUCAGUAAAGAAGAGGUAGAAAAGUGCAAACAGAGGGACCUACUGGAGGAGAUGCUGGCUGAGAUGACUGGAGAAUUUCCCGCGCUCAGUAGGGUGUUCGUGACGGAGCGAGACCAGUACCUCGCUUACUCCCUGCGCCUAGCAGCCCGCCCCGUGCCUUCUCAUGAUGCACAAGGAGUUGUACCAGCAGUUGUGGUUGGUGUGGUGGGAAUGGGACAUGUCCCCGGCAUUGUGGAAAACUGGAGCAAGAUUGUGGACAUCCAGAGGUUACUCAGUGUGCCCCAAACAUCUCGAACACAGGUUAUACUGAGGUGGACAGUAAAGCUGGGGCUGCUGGGACUUUUAGGCUACGGCUGCUGGAGGUUUGCCAAGUGGUCAAGUCUCAUGAGAUAGGUAUCACACUGGAGUUUUGUAUUGGUCUCCAAUAGCGGUUUUGCAAGACUCAGUGUCUCAGUGUCCAUCUUGUGAGAUUUUGACAUUUUUGACACCACUGUUUCCAAUGAUAUACACCCUUAAGAUUGUUAGUGUCCUACAUGAUAAGAAAACAUGUUUCUCAUAUCAUGUUAUUAUGAUAACAGUCAAGUACAAUUAGGAUGUCUUCCUCAUCACGUUGUGUCCAGAACAGGAAUGUUCCUAGGCCCUGCCACAUCCCAUUUUUUGUCCCACAGUUAGCAGUUCAGUGUAUGUAAGAUAUCUCUUUAU